AUGUCAUACAGCCAAGCAUGGGGUUAUAUAUGUUUGGAAAGCACAUCACCUUUAGUUUUUAUUAACGGCACUCUUACAGCUCUUGGUGAAGUAGUGCAACUGGUUUUGCAUCCCUACCUACAAACCAUUCCAAAGGCGAUUUUUCUACACGAUAACGUUCUUACACCAGGUUGUCAAGUAGUGCGCAACCCCUUAGCGCAAUGUCAAUUUAGCGGGUCGACGCUGUCAGUCAACGGCGAGUUGCAGCAGCAGGCCGCGGCGCUUGCGCGAAGUCGACAGCCAUCGAUGGGUAUCGACACCGAUAUGGUGAGCGAGUUCGAUCCCAGCAGUUCCGAUUCGGGUGUGGUUGCGCAGUGCGCAGCUAUUAAGCCCUUGAAGCUCAGAUUGUGCAAACCGAUCUUCGGGAGAAACAAACAUCCCACGCCACGAAGCAGGAACGAAGAGAAGCCUCCCAAAUCGCCGACUAGUGAACAAGUCUUAGUAGAGUACGUAGUACCGCGAGUGAAUAAACCUAAGGACCCCGAGCGGGAAAAAAGGCGUUUGGCGAGGCAGAAAGAAAAGAGAGCAACUCUCAUUUUAGGACUUAUUAUGGGUUCGUUUAUAGCAAGUUGGCUGCCGUUCUUCUUUAUGUAUAUACUAAGGUUGGCCUACGAUAUUCCUCCAAUCUGUUUUUCUACAGCAUUUUGGUUAGGUUACAUGAAUUCGGCACUGAAUCCCGUUAUUUAUACCAUUUUUAAUAAGGAUUUCCGAAGAGCAUUCAGAAGGAUAUUAUUUAAGUGAUGUAUGUCCUAUGUGUGCUGCUACAAGUGCGUUGGUAACAGGAUCCGCACUGCACAGUUUCGCAGCGCACCUAGCGCCUUAUAUCGACAUUAACAUUAUUCGACAAUCCUUAUCCAAAUCUUAUCCUAGGAAACUAUACUUAGUUUCGGUUAUAAUGUUUUGUAUGAGUUUGAUGAAACCUUUGGUAGAACAUGAACUGCGGAGUAUCCAGUAUUUAAAUUAUUUUGAAUCAACUUUUUUUGAUACAGCAACUCCCUAACAAAAUACUGCACACACAAAACUAUUGUUACAGCUAUUCAGUAAUAUUUUCUAAUCUUUUAGUUUAUUUGUCUAGUGUACUUAUCAGUGAUAAGUAUAAUAGAUAAAUAAUAAAUAAUUUUUAUUCUUAAAAUUAACGUAAUUGAUAAGUUACUGUUAAUUUUCAUUCAAGAAGGGAUGUCAAAGUAAAUAAGUAUAAAAAUUUGAGACAGGUUGUAUAUUAGUGCACCCAGUAUCUUGACAUGUAACACCGUUGCCAUAUCCUCAAUUUUUUCAUAUUAUCAAAUUACAUGCAUUUAAAAAAUAUGUAGUUUUGAAACACCAAUAAAGUUUUUUAUCUUGUUAAUAAAUUGAAAAAUAGUUUUGAAU